AUGCGAACCCUUCGACGGUCCUGCGCGGCCUGUGCAAAGCUCAAGCACCGCUGCGACCUUCGCACGCCACGCUGCUCUCGCUGCAUCAAGCGCAAAGUUCUCUGUGUGUAUGCGAAUGAGCCCUCGGCGCCGCCGGUAGCUACCGGGUCAUGCAAUGGUGCAUUGAUAGGACUGUCAAAUGGAUCCAGCACAUUAGACAGUUACAGAUUUGGUUCUUUUGACCCGUUCGAUUCGUAUCCCCCGACGAGGCUUCCCCGAGAGCAAGUACAACGCCUGAUUUAUAGCUUUCUCCACAAAAUCGCAUUCCAAUACUAUCCGCUUGACCUGAGUACCACUUCGAAUCCGUUCCUCGUCUCAUGGUGGCCCUUGGCGUUAGGGGACCCGGCUUUGUUCCAUGUCUCACUGCAAACCGCCUGUCUUGACGAGGAGCGCUCAGCCCAGAAAGGAUUCCAGAGCUCGGAGAUUCUCAUGGCCGAUUCGGUCUCUCUGCUACGCCGGAAAAUCGGGAAUACAUCGCUUGCUGUACAAGAUGGGACUAUCAAUUCCGUCAUUACUUUAGCAACUAUCGAAUUUGGCAAGGGCAACUACGAAACUAGCAAAAUACAUAUCGAAGGGGUGAAGCGGCUGGUGGAUCUGAGGGGAGGCAUCAGCUCAGUAAGGCAAACCAGCCCCCUCACCGCGAGAAUGGUCAGCUGGGUAUCGCUACUUGUCAUGGGUCAUCCACAGUUUGAGACUCAAGACGACGCUGGAAUGGGAGAUGGUAUACCUCCCAUUUCCGAAUGGCAGAUCGAAUCAGUUGCCACACCAAAUAAUAAUACGAACGAAGUUAUCGAUGUCAAUGUCGUUGUUGAUUAUGAAGUAAUGAACAUAUUCAUUCGUCUUCGCAACGUCUUUGAAAGGACCCGGCGAGUGCCCUUCACAGCGACGCAACUACAUGACCUCACAUGCUUCGUCGUUCAUCGUCUUUUAUCGUCAUCCCACGAGGAAUUUGACACGUAUUCGUCUGUCACGACACAGUGUCUUCAAUAUGCCCUCGUAAUCUACAUGUUUUCUGUGCAAGGACCAACAUACUACACGCACGCAGUGAUCCUUGAUUCCACCAUCGCAAAAUUCAUGCGAAACCUCCAGCGUCUUGAAAAUAUUUCCCAAGGAUGCGGGACACUAACUGUAUGGUUUCUUGCAGUUGGCAUGAUAGCUUCGGUGGGAACGGCAUAUUACGGAUGGUUCACGGAGGCAGCGCGGGCUAUGGCAAUCUCUCUGCAUAUUGAAGAUAGUACCGACGCUCUUGUCAGGAUUAAGAGCGUUCUGUGGUUGGGAAAGUCCACGGAUGGAUUCUAUUUUCCACUAUCAUUGGGAAGCCCUCAUUAA